UGGUGCGCUGUGUACCACGGGGACACAGUGGAUCACCGAUCAAUGGAAAGAGCUGAAGAUGUCUGCUCGGUCAUGUGAUCAGCUGUGUCCAAUCACAGCUGAUCACAUCAGUGUCACCUGUCAGUGUCCAUCAGUGCCAGCUGUCAGUGCUCAUCCAUGCCACCUGCCAGUGCCCAUCAGUGCCACAUAUCAGUGCCUACCAGUGCACAUCAAUGCCACAUAUCAGUGCCCAUCUGAGCUGCCUUUCAGCAUCACCCAUCAGUGCCAGUCAGUGCUGCCUAUCAGUGCCACCUAUCAGUGCCAGUCAGUGAUGACACCUAUCAGUGUGCAUCAGUGCAGCCGAUCAGCGCCCGUCAGUGUUGCCUAUCAGUGCCACCUAACAAUGCCAGUCAGUGCCCCCUAACAGUGCCAGACAGUGCCGCCCAUCAGUGCC